AUGUCAACCAUUUUCAAAAUUAUCGAUAACCUUCUUCUUCCAAAAGAAGAAACGAAUAAACUACAAACUUAUCUUAUUAAACAUAAACAGGAGAGAGAGAUAUUACAUUCUGCACUUAUGAGUCCCUUAAAAACAGACGAAGAUAAACUUGAGUUAUUAAAAGAAUUCUUGAAGACGUCUGUUGAUGAAUAUAAAGUACGUACCGAUGGUAAAGUGCGUGCUAAGGAAGAGAAAACUUUUCGUGUCCAAUGUAACAACGACGAAGGCGAGCCAUUGGACAAAUUUGAAGAAUUUACAAUACGUGAUGAAAAUGAUUUUUGCGAGUUUUUAAAGAGAGUGGAUGCAAGAGGGUUGAAACAUAUCGAUGAUAAUAAUGAAGUACCGAAAGUCAUCUCGACUUUUGAAGGCAUUCAACCUAAUCAACUUUAUUGUAUAAGUGCUGCGUAUCUCAUGGACAUAAAGAAAGGCGUAACGUGGUCAAAAGUUGAAGACAUGGUGGCGGAAAUUGAAACAAUAUCAGCUUUAAAAAACAAGCUCAAAAAAACAUUUAAGUCUCCUGUUGAGGUCUUUACUAACCGAAUAAUGCAUGAUGAAACAGAUGAUCCCAUAAUGGAAUGGGAUGGGAUCUUAUUAUGUCGUGACAAAGUAUUUUUAUGCGAAUGCAAAUACAAAAUAACAGAGGAAAAGAUAAACGAAAUUGUUGAACGAUUAAAGGAAUUCCCUGAGAAAUUGGAGAAGACAAAAGAUCCCGAAUUCAAACAAUUAUCAGAUAAAGAACUAGUUGGAGUCGCUUGUGGCUUGCUUUUUCCAGAAGCAUUAAGACAAAAAUCUGUGGAGCUUGGAUUGGUAGUCGUAUACCCAGAUGGUGGUCGUUAUUAUGUAGGAAUGCCCAAAAAAUGGAUGAUGAGCUUGU